AUGAUCGCACCCACCGAUCGCAACCGGCUCUAUAUUGGAGGUGGCCCUGGAGGCGGCUCGACAGGCCCCAAAGUCCACGAGUACAUUGCCCAGACCUUAGGCCUGGACUGGACAUGCGAGUUCCUACGGGUGAAGACGGCUAAAGACCUCAUGGAAAUUUAUCGACGACCUGAUUUUGCCGGCGGACUGGUCACCAUGCCGCACAAGAUGACCAUCAUCCCUCUGCUAGACCAAGUUGACGAUCUGGUGCGGAUCCUCCGGGCGUGCAACAUCGUCUACCGUGCCCCCAAUGGAGCAUUACACGGCAGCAACACCGAUUGGGUCGGCAUCCGCGAUUGUUUACUGGCUCGGAGCCCGCAUCACGCGCCGGGGAGACCAGCUAUGGUUUACGGAGCUGGCGGAGCGAGCAGAGCCGCCGUGUACGCGCUCGCGGCCGACUUGGCGUGCUCUGAGAUCUACCUUGUCAAUCGAGAUGAUCAGGAGGUUGUAGACCUGUUGGCGGAUGUGACGCAGUACGGCAGCCGUCAGUAUUCGCCUCAAAUCCGCCAUGUACGGUCCACCGCCGAGGCGAAAGACCUGCGGACCCCGAGCUACAUUGUCUCGACGGUGCCCGACUUCGACGCCGUGACGCCGGGAGAGAUUGCCGCCCGAGAAAUCUUGGUCGAAUUCCUAUCGCGGAACGACUCGCCCAAGGGUCUGCUGUUGGACAUGUGUUACCACCCGGUCCAGACGAGAAAUAUCAAACUGGCACAGCAACACGGCUGGCGGACCAUUCUAGGGUACACUGUGUCGGCAGCCCAGUUCGCGGUACAAUGGAGGAUGUGGACGGGGAAAAGGAUCGAAAUGGAUGAAGUGUAUCGGAUGACGGAGAGAAUUAUUCGGGAACGAGAGGCGCUGAAGGCGAAUGGCGGUGAUGCUUAG